GAAGGUCUUUCUACUUCUAGGGUUCUUGGGCGAAAUGGCUAUGGCGCUGUGCGCGAGAUUCAUUCGCAGUUCAAGGGCGUCCACGCGCAGCAUCUCCACUGCGCUGGAUCUGGAUCACACCUCCAAAUGGAUGCACAACAAGGAGAAGAAAUCCCCGAUGCAACUCAUCAGCGAGGUACCACCGAUUGUUGUCCACGAUCGAAUCGUAGCUUGCAUAGGAGGGAAUAAUUUAGCGCUAGGGCAUCCGGUGGAGUUUAUUUGCUUGGAUCUUCCACAUCCCCAAGUGUGUAAAUACUGUGGCCUUAGAUAUGUACAAGACCAUCACCACUAGUAACAACGGGUAAAAGGGAAAUAACCAUGAUUCUUUGGAUA